AUGAAGCUUUCUUUAUCAAUUUUACUUGCCUCAAGUUCUGCUCAAUGCCCUGACGAAAGUCUAGGAGACCUUUGCUUUGAGAGUUGCGCUGAUACGAAGGAAGGAUGCGUUUACAAGUGCGAUGAUGCCGACUAUACCUGCGAAACGCGGUGUUUGGCGAUCGAAACCGAGUGCAGAAUCGCCUGUCCUUGCAGCAGUGGCUGCCCAAGUGGUUGUUCUGGCUGCUCUAGUGAGUUCUGCGGAAACGGAAACUUGUUGAUUAUGGACGACAACUGGAAAGAAAGACGCGUCGGGUACAAUUUAAACAUGGCUACGAACAGUAUUCAAGUCGCAAAUGUCAAUUACGAGCACCCAGUUGACUUCUCAAUGGAAGAUACAUGCACAGUCGUCUUUCACGGAAAAACUCAUUUCUUCGGUGGAUUCCGGAAUCCGCGCCGAUUCGCGACGCUUCAAAACUGCCGAGUUGUUCCGAAUUCUUAUGGACUCAGAUAUCCCCACAUUGAUGGAAUCUACGGCUCUUGCGCAGUGCACGCAAAUGCUGUCUUCAUGUGUUUCGGUAACGAAAGCGCUCCUCUCGCAAAUCGAUGUCAAAUGUGGAGAGAAGGACAAGAAGGAAUCGACGAGCCAACGACUGCGAAUGAACACGACUGGGCGGCGAUGAUUUCUUUCAACAAAAAAUUACUCGUCGUUGGCGGCUGCUCCAAGAACGGACCUGGCUGCAACGGCGCCGUAGAGACCUACCAGGCAGGAGACUACGAUGGCUGGACUAGUUUGACUGCUCAUCCAGCGACGGCGGGUAUCUUCGGACACGGAUUGACAACUGACGGAGAAUCGGUUUUCCUUUUUGGCGGCAUGACCAAGUCUCUCGGAGCCGACAGCUACAAUCAAUCCAUCUGGCGAUUCAGAAACAACACUUGGUCGGAAAUCGGAACUCUCCAACAAGUAUCUAGCGGUGCAGUUGUCUCAACCGCCUUUCAAAUGGGUCGAUUCGCGUUUUCCGGCGAAAUCUACCUUGAAAGAUUCAACCUCGUCGGCGACAACGUCCAAUCAACGAGAAUCAACGCUCCUGACAUUGAUGACAUGGAAAUGUACUACUCCUCAUUUUUGUAUACAGACGAACCUAUUUGCCUUUGA